AUGAUGCGCCCUCGUCUCCCGGUCUGCAGCCGCUGUCUUGCGCGCAGUAAAGGAUUCUCGACGACCGCAACUUGGUUCGGAGAGAGCCAAAAUGCACCUUUUCCAGCUCAGACUGCGUACGCGCGUCUCACGAACCGCGGCCUCAUCUCGAUCACCGGCAUCGACAGCGCGGAUUUCCUGCAAGGCCUAAUCACCCAGAACAUGCUUGUCGCGAAUGGCCCGAGCAAGAGUAUUCGACGUACUGGCACAUACACGGCCUUUCUCAACUCCCAAGGUCGCAUACUGAAUGAUGCGUUCAUCUACCCGCUUCCCGAUCUGAGCGGAAACGACAUCGAGCGGGAGUGGCUGGUGGAGGUGGAUAAAAGCGAGGUCCCAAGCCUGCUCAAGCACUUGAAGAAGCACAAGCUCCGAGCAAAGCUGAAACUUCGCGCCCUCGAAGACGGUGAACGCACUGUCUGGUCGUCUUGGAAAAACCACUCCGAGCCUCGGUGGGCCGCGUACAACCUCGAGUCAGAGUCUGCUUCGCCUUUCUCCUUGUCUUCGAAUGUUGUCGGAUGCAUUGAUUCCCGUGCACCGGGCUUCGGUUCUCGAAUCGUAACUCCGGGCGCCGAGGAUUUACGCACAUAUUUGCCCGACGAGGCACAGAUUGCCGGGUCGGAGGUGGAACUGGGUGCCUAUACUAUUCGACGGAUACUCCAUGGCGUGGCGGAAGGCCAGUCUGAGAUAAUCAGGGAAUCGGCAUUACCGAUGGAAUCUAAUAUGGACAUGGCGCGGGGUAUUGAUUUCCGCAAGGGCUGUUACGUCGGUCAGGAAUUGACGAUCCGUACGCACCAUACCGGUGUAGUUCGCAAGCGUAUCCUGCCAGUGCAGCUCUACACCGGGGAUUUGUCUAGCGAGGAUGGUCCUGUUUAUGACCCUGCGUCGGAAAUUUCUCUGCCGCCUGCUGGGUCAAAUAUCAACAAAGCCGGUGGUCGCCGGGGUCGUAGCGCCGGAAAGUUCCUGAAUGGUGUCGGAAACAUUGGCCUCGCUUUGUGUCGCCUGGAAAUGAUGACUGACAUCGUUUUAACGGGCGAAGGAACCCAAUUCACACCUGGAACUGAAUUCAAGGUCGCCUGGACUGCCGAGACGGAGCAGCCCGCGGAAGUCAAACUGCAGGCUUUUGUUCCAUCUUGGGUAAGAGAACAUAUCCAAUCUGGUGGUGUUCGCAAGCCUGCCCUCCAGUCAGUUGAUACGGACGGUGAGAGGGCUCGAGGCUUUGUCGAGCAGUUGGGGGAAGAAGCAGCACAGCGUCGAGACUAG